CAAUUGGAAGGAAACAGCAUAGCAGCUUCUCCAAUUGUUUCGAGGAAAUGGUUUUAUGGACGGCCUCUCGUCAUCCUCUUGGCUUCCUCAGUUCCCUCUCUUCGGAAGCUUAUAAAUAUAGGGUUAUGGCAGAUUCUAUCUCUGCAACUUCUCCAUUCUCUCCCAACCCCAACGCAAGAGACUCUUUAUCUUCGUCGGACUGACUUGAAAUUCAUAAGAGAGAUGGCGGAAGCAAUCAUCUUGGGUGCCCUAGCACAAGAGGUGUUGCAAGAAGUGGUGCGUGUGAUAUUACAUAUGAAGGGGAAGACCUUCAAUUUCAGGGAAGAUCUUGAAGAGCUCAGAAUUUCUCUCGAAUAUGUGGUUCCUAUUUUAAAACAAGGGUGGAAAUUGAAUUCAGAGUUGGACUUUAGUAAGCCAGAAGGAGUCGAGAAAUUCAAGGAGAAGUUGCAGAAAGGUAAAGAGCUAGUCUCCAGGUGCUACAAGAUCCCGUCUUGGAACAUUAUCCAGAGGAUCCGUUACGCCAGUAAGAUCUCCAAGUUUGAUGAAACUAUUCGUAGGUUCUGCGGGCUGGAGUUGCAGGUUGAAAACUGGCGCGAUAAUAAAGUGCUUCUACAGACGAUGAACGAAAUGGCUCUGCAUCAGGUACCGAGUCUAUCGACUAUUAACAAGGGUUUGUUUGCUGUUCCUCAACUCCCAAAUCAUCUUGUUGGAUUUGAUAUAGCCAUUAGAGAAUUGAAGAUUGAAUUGUUCAAAGAGAAUGUGACGGUGCUUGGAGUAUGUGCUCCUGGGGGAUGUGGGAAAUCGACAUUAGCUGCCAUGCUUUGCCGAGACGAAGAAGUUAGAGUUGCAUUCAGGGAUAAGAUAUUAUUUUUAACUGUUUCAAGAAAUCCCAUCUUAAAGAUCCUACAGAGACUAAUUGAAGAGAUUGGUAAUGGGGUGUCUCGGUCCGACCUGAGUGAAGAAGAUGCAAUUAAGCAAUUUCAUUACCUUCUGGAGGAGAGAAGGUCACAGCCACUACUGUUGGUUCUAGAUGAUGUUUGGGAGGAAUCAAUCAUUGAGAAGGUUUUCUCCAGAAAUAAAGGAUGUAAGAUGCUGGUUACAUCAAGAGAAGCAUUCAAAGUAUAUAAUUCUGAAAAUCAUUCGAAAUAUCUUCUGAAAACACUCAAUCCCCAAGAUUCCAAGUCUCUUUUUCGUCAAACAUCACUGUCUCAAGAUGGGAAUGACGAGUAUAAGCCAGAUGAGAAUCUUCUAAAUGAGAUAGUAAAAAAUUGCGAGGGUUUUCCACUCGCUAUUACGGUGAUUGCCAAAUCACUGUCCCAGCAGCCCGCAGUGAAAUGGAGCAACAUGGCUAAGAAACUGUCAAAUGGUGCCAGCAUUUUUAACAUUGAUGAAAAAUUGCAGAAAUGUCUUGCAACAAGCUUGGAAUUCUUGGAUGCUACACUUCUAGAGUGUUUUAUGGACUUAGGUUCCUUUCCUGAAGACAAAAGGAUCUCUGCCUCUGCUCUGAUCGAUAUUUGGUGUGAGCGCUAUGAACUAGAUUCUGAAGAUGAGGCCUAUUUCAAUCUUCUCGAACUUGCCUCACGAAAUCUUGUUAAUUUGGUUGGAAACAGGUAUGUAUGUUUCGUUUAUCUUUCUAAUUAGUAAUUAAAUUCCAUUGCCUAUAUUUGUUGCUAAUUGAAACUGAUAUUUUUCUGUGGCUAAGUUGAUUAUCAAGAUAUAUGUUGUUUCCAAUUUUCUGUUGAUAUUCUAAUCAUGUUCUCCACAGAAAGUUUUAUUUAGGUAGACUAAGCAAUUGACAAACUUAAUAAAAAAGAAAACUACUAUCUUAGCAUGAUCCUGCUAUAGCUGAGGUCAGAUUCAACCUUAUGUUCUAUUGAUUGCUUAAAUUUACAUGGUAACUGCAGCAAAGAUGCAAUAAACACUCAUGUUCCCCUUCAAAAGUACCACUGAAUUGUAUAUCUGUGUUGACAUUCUACAACUAAUUAAAUCUCAAUCCCAAUAAAUGAUCUGAACCUUAUAAAUGAGCAGUUGUAUUUUGUUGGUGGUUUCCUAAAUGUCUCACCGUUAUAUUACUCAAACAACGGAUUGGACAAUCUACCAGAGCUGGCAGCAGAGUGAAAGACUUAAUAUGGACAAAAGAGAAAAAGGCCUUCCUGAGAGCUGGAGGAAAAAAAAGAACCACUAUCUCAAUUCCCGUCUUGUUUCUCUCUGCACAGGUGAAAUGUGUUCAGAAAGCUGGUAUGACUUGCAACUUCCCGAAGUUGAGGUGUUGAUUCUGAAUUUCUCUGCAAGUAACUACACCUUACCCCCAUUCAUGGAAAAGAUGAGGAAGCUAAAGUUUCUUAUCGUUGUAAACCGUGGACGGACCCCUGCCAAACUAGACAAUUUGAUAACACUUGCUGAAUUGGUUAAUCUAAAGAGGAUCAGGUUUGAGAAUGUCUUGAUACCUUCCCUUUAGAAUU